CAAAAAUUUUACACUGCAACGGACUAGCAGGAGACAACAAGCUAGGCGGCAAGUGCCGUUGAACAUGAUGGUGCUCUCAUGCUUACAAACCAUGGAGCAUUUCCCAUCAUCGUGAUCUAUGUACAAGAGGAACGAAGAGUGUCGACCUCCUCAUUUCAUCAAAGGCUUUCCAAAGUUGGCAGGCCGCAACAGUCCGAGCGGGGGGAGAGGCAUUUUGCCUCCCAGAAAGUUUCUGUUCUCCGGGGGAUACGCACAACUAUCUUGCCUCUUGGCACCCGGUUUCAGGCUCUCGCUCCUCUCAGAAUUCUCUGUGGGGCUCGAAACCCGAGAAGCCCAGCGGAUGAGCAGGUCCGACAAGUCGGAAUCCGAGUAGAAGGGGCUGUGGCCGCUUGCAGCAGGAAGCGCGAAGAAGUUGUUGAAGCGAAAGUUUCUCUCACUCAUGCCGUCAUGAGAGAUGAAACAGCUGCCUGCCCUCACAGCGAUGAGGAGCACGGAUACGAAUAGCAAGCCAGAAGUUCUCCCGAACAUGUUUGCAAAUCCGAUAAAUGUCUCUAUGCAAUGAACGAUGUUUCUAUUGAUGAACUCACUCACAGUGGCGCAUGAAUACCU